AUGAUCCGUCGUUGCCGUCCUCUAGCUCAGUUCGACCUCUUCUUCUUCGCUGCUGCGACGCAGACGUGCGUGAUCCCUCCAACUCUGAGCGGUCUGUUUGCUGCUGCUGCUGCUGUUGCUGCUGCUGCUGCUGCCUUUGAUUCUGCUGCUGAUCGGCAAUGGUUUUGCUUCUAA